AUGACCGAACACCAUCUUGUCGACCAGACCACGGCACUAGGUGCCAUUUCCAGUCUCUCCUUAAACACCUCCAGGCAAGGAGAAGUGCUACAAAAGCGGAGCGAGAGCAGCACCUCCGGGAUGAUCCGGCGUUCACCGAGGCGGGGGAGGCACAGGGACGGCUGGAGCAGCACCCGAGCCGCGUCCGCCGCCUCCAGCGCCGCCGUUACUCGCCCGGCCCCCCUGCGGGAGGGAGGAGAACCGGACCGCCGGCCCCGCGGGGGGACACUCACCCACCUCUCCGCCGAGCGAGCACCACCCGCCCGGAUCUGCCACCGGCCACGUCGCUGCCGAGGGCUGCAGGCGGGGCUGCGGGGCGGCAGCGCCCGGGGCUCGGACGCCGCACCCAGACGCUCCGAGGCACUCCCGGGCGCGGCGGAUCCCGGGAGGCUGCGGCACCGCUCUCCCCUUCGCUCAUCCCCGCGGCGCAGCCCCGGCGCCCCCGGCCGGGCUCCCCCGGACCCCGCCCGAGGUCCCACAGGGAUCCACCCCCGCACCCCCAACCCGACUCACCGCCCCCCCCACCGGCCUCACCUGGCGGGGCAGGGCGGGGCGGGGCCGCGCGCGCGCGCCCCCCGCGCGGCCCCUCCCCGCGCCACCGCCCCGCCCCGCGCGGGGGGCGCGCGCCCUCACAGCCCCUCCUUGGGCACAGCGGGCCAAGCCCCGCCCCCCACCGGGCACGUGACGGCGAGGACGCCGCUAGCCCCGCCCCUUCUCGAGCCCCACCCACGUGAGCCCCGCCUCUGGCCACGCCCCCUCCGCGACUUCCCCCUGUGUGACGUCACGAGCGAGCGACAUGUGUGGGCGGUGGCGUGGGUCACGUGA